AUUACCGUGCAUGUGGAGGGAGUGAUUUAGUGUUAUAAGAGCGUAGAGUUUAGUCGCUUCUUUAUAUAGAAAUUUUAAAAAAUGGUAAUAAAGAAGAAAGAGACAAUUAAGAAAAACGAAGAAUCCGAUCAAUUUGUUCUCGCUCUUGAAUCUGUUAUUGAACCAGAGAUUAACGAAAGCGAUGAAGAACGUAAGGAGAAUUCUCAAGAUAAAACGGAGAAAAAUAUUAAUUCUUCAACUCCAAUACCCUCUAAAAACGUUAAAUCGGUAGAAAACCAAUCUACAACCAACAACGUUGCCUCCAACUCUGAUGAUCGUCUUCCUAUUCAAAGAUUAGUGCCUCCGGACACUUUAAAAAUGAUUUGCGAAGCAGUAAAUGCCAUAGGUGACAAAAAGAAAGGUGCUUCUGUACAAGCUAUCCGCAAAUGGAUACUUCAUAAAUAUCUAAUAGAUCCAGAGAAACUAAAAUAUCGUAUGAAACUGUCGUUGAAGAAAGGAAUCUCUACGGGAGUUUUAAUUAGACCAAAAGCAUCCAAUGAGUUAGUUGGAGCCAUUGGAAGUUUUCUUGUAGCAAAAAAGACAAUUAAACCGAAAAAACUGGCAACAGGGAAAAAACUGGUAACCGGGAAAAAACUGGUAACCGGGAAAAAACUAGCAUCACCCCCGAUAAAACUGGCAGAGUCGACAGAGAAAAAAAAGAAGAAGAAGAAAAUAAUUAAAGAAAUAAAUUCUAAAAGCAUAGAAGGGAAAUUAGUGGCUAAAAAAGAGGAGAAAAAAUUGCAGAAAGAAGACGGAGAGCCGAAGAAACUGCCUGCAAGCAAAUCUCCAAAGAAAAAGAAAGUAAUAAAGAAGGAUAGCUCUAAGAAAAAAGUUCCAGUUGCUUCUGCUGCUGCAGCAUCAGCUUCUAAAGAUGUUAAAGCUGAAAGCAAAGAAAAACCUAAGAAGAAACAAAAUACGAAGACAUCGGAAAAAAAGACGAAUGCUUCAAAGAAAAAUCCAUCGGAAUCAAAAAGUUCUGAUAAAAAAUCAUCUACAAAACAAAAAUGA